AUGAGGGAGAUUACGGCUAAUUAUUCAAUUGGGUUUCGUCAACAUGCCCUGUCAGCCUAUCCCUUCUCCAACUUCUGCCAACGGAUCCAACAAAUUCAAACAUGCAAGACAACACUCAUUACAAGAUAUAUUUUACAUGAAAUACAACCUUUAUUUGACGAUCAUAAACGAGACAUACGCCUGGAGUUUGGUUUUAUUGGUUACUCAGAUUGUAUCAUUACCGUUUUUCCACACCAUACAGAUAAUGGUAUGAAUGCGGGCUAUGAUGAGAUGUUUGUUUCGGAAGUCCCUGCUUACCUGACAAACUCCAACAAUUUGGAAAAUGCUAUGUAUGUUUUCAAUCUUUUUGCGAACCUGAAGAUAGCAAUGCUGACAUCUUUACUUGGUGCUAUAAUUCUCUGCUUGCAACUGAUGUUAUGCUCAUGCUGGAUGUAA